AUGUUUCAAUCAAUAAAAAAUAGAUUCACUGGAGGAUCUACCUCCACAUCUACUUCAACUAUAUCUUCAAAGAAGGAUAAUGGAGUACCAGAGAAUGCAAGUUAUUCACUGUUUUUCAAUCGUUUGGAGAGUAAUCAGGUCAGGCGUUGUUGUGGUUUGAUCGCUCCCAAGAUUACCAAUCAAGCGGUGUUCCAACUGACAGAUUACCAAGUCGAUGCCGUUGUCAGCGACGCCACUGUCACCACCGUAAUGACUCAGCAAUACAAGAACGAUUCAACUACACCGGUCGAAGCUAAAUACGAAAUGCCAUUGCCACCUUACGCCGCCGUCAAUAAAUUCGUUGUUACCUACGACGGUAAGGUGCUGUUUGCCAAGAUCAAAGAGCGUCAAGCUGCCGCAGAGAAAUACGACGAUGCCAUUGCCAGCGGUAACCAAGCGUUCCUCGUCGAGAAAAACAGCUCUGGAACAUUCUCCACCGUCAUCGGAAACAUUCCACCAGGAAAGGAAGUCACUGUCAGUGUCACCACUGUCUCUGAGAUUGGAACACACCUCGAAGAUCUCCACUUUUGUUUGCACAGAUUCAUGUUCCCCGACAAGAAGUUUGAUUUCAAAUUGAAUCUCACAGUGAAUCUCUCCAGUCAAAUCCAAUCGAUUGCAGUCGACGAUUGGAGUUCUGCCGAUAAACAGAUCACCGAUAACAAAGCAACCGUUAAACUAUCGAGUAAAGAAGGUGUCAAGAAGAAUAUCAUUAUCUCAAUCAAGCCAAAAGCAGACCAAGAAAAGCCAUCGUAUUUCAUUGAGAAAACAGAGACCACACCAGCAGAGUAUGCAGUUGGUCUCAAUUUCUAUCCAACACUGACUGUCACACCAGAGGAUGUAGAUCAACACUCUGAAUUCAUUUUCUUGAUCGAUUGUUCAGGUUCCAUGUCGGGUUCACAAAUUCAAAAGGCAAAGUUGGCACUGGAAAUCCUCAUGAGAUCUCUCACUGAGAAGUCAAAGUUCAACAUCUGGUUGUUUGGAUCGUCACACAAAUCGUUAUUCCCAACCUCACAGAUCUAUUCCGAUGCCACUCUUGAGAGUGCAAGUGCAUACAUCUCGAAAAUCGAUGCCAACUUGGGUGGAACUGAAUUGUACGCACCAUUGAAAGCAAUUUUUGCACAAGCUUAUGAUCCACAAUAUCCAAGACAAUUAUUUAUUUUAACUGAUGGUGAGAUUUCAGAUCGUGAUAGAACUAUUGAUUUGGCUGGAAAAGAUUCAUUGACAACUAGAAUUUUCACUCUUGGAAUUGGAUCUGGUGUAGAUAGAAACUUGGUUGUUGGUCUUUCGAAAUCAUGUAAAGGAUACUAUGAUUUCAUUGAUUCCAACACUGAGAUGGAGAAUCGUGUUAUGAAGUUGAUGUCGAUUGCUAUGGAACCAAUUAUCUCUAAUAUCAAGGUGGAUUGGGCAGAUUUGGAUGUUAUUCAGGCACCAAAGGUUGUUCGUCCAAUCUACAGCAAAGAGAGAAUGAUUAUCAGUGGACUUGUCAAUUCGAUUCCAUCCAAUUCAUCGUUGAUCAAGAACAUUGUUAUAACAGCCGACGGUCCAACCGGUGAGAAGUUAACUUAUGAAAUCGCCGUGGACUUCUCACAGGCCCAAUCCAGUGGAAGCUCACUCCAAACUCUAACAGCACACUUGAUCAUCGCCGAUUUGGAGAAGGAGGAAGAGAAAUCUCGAAAGACAGUCUCACACAAGGAGCAAAUUGUUGCACUCGGUAAGAAGUACAACUUGGUUUCCAACCACACCUCGUUUGUCGUCAUCGCAGAAUCGGAAACACCAAUUGAAGAAACCAUGAAGACAGUCAAUGUUUUACAACAAAAACAACAAGUUGAGUUGUAUGAUGAUGACCUUUUGAGUGGACCAAUACGUAGACGUGCUGCACCUGGUGGUGGUGGUGGUCGUGGUGGAGGAAUGCCUCAAGUGCUCAGAAAGUCAAGUGUCACCAACUCUAGAAGUUUGAGUGCUAAAGGAGGAGCUAUCAGUCCUAUGUCAUCAGUAUCAUCAUCAUCAUCAUCAUCAACAAUCGAUUCGUUAAUGGAUGACUGCUUCGAUGACCAUGACGACGACGAAGAAGAAAAUGCUUCAAGUGGAUCUUCCGAUGAUGGUGGAAUGUUGCGUAGUGCUCCACAACAACAAUCAAUUGCUUUCUCUUCGCCAUCCAAAGAUAAGAAGAUGAAGAAAAAAUCAGAAUCCAAGAAAGAAGAAAACCUAUGA